ACAAAAUCGAUAUGAGUAAAUGCAAUAUUGGAAAUAGAUAAUUCCAACAGCAGGCUGACUAGCAGCCAUAAUGCCAGUUUCGAACUUGUUUGAAGGAGACAUGAGGAUCUUCAGCAUUUUUGCUUUGACUGCGCUGGCUUUGCCGUUAGUGAGAGGUGAGGUGAACAGCUGUGAUGCAACCAUUGGGAUCACGCAAGGUCCGGAUAUCUUUGCCCGCAUCGGUGACAAUGUGACCCUAACCUGUGAGGUAGUGGGUAACGAGGAAUUGAGUGGUACAAGAAUACGAUGGCAGCACGCGGGGAAGAAUUUGAUAGGCGGGAGCUCCUGCCUUUACAAUCACAGUUCUGUACCUUCUACUUGCAAUCAUACCGUCAUUGAUGUCGACUUGUUGUCCAAAGGCCUUUAUACUUGCCACGUAGUAGUAAAAGGAGUCGAUUGUUCCAGCAGUGCUUAUCUAUUAACAACUCCAAAGCCCCUCUUGGCUCUGUUGGACAUCUCAACUGGAGAUCUAGUGAGGGAAAAAUCCCAUCGACUUUGUGUCCCACCAGGAGCUAAGCGAAGCUUUGAGUGUACUCUCCGUGUCAUGCGGCCAGACCGGUGGACACUCACAUGGCUACUUAGUGAUUCUGAGGAAGUUGUGGGUUCCUUGGAAGUGGCAGGUGAGACCACAGGCCGCCUGGUGAACGCUACCAGCAGAUUCACCGUGACUAACCCUGCAGACAGUAGCCUUAUGAAAAGCCUACAAUGCCAAGCUACCAGUACCCAUGGAGAGUCAAUAAAAUCGGUUACUGCAUAUCUUCAGUCUUGCUCAGGUGAGAGAGUGGGCGUACCGAUUGCCGUGGUUGCCGUCGUCAGUGUCCUGAGCACUCUGAUGGUCGUCGUGAUAGGGAACGUCGUGGUCAGGGUGAGAAGGAAACGAAAGACAGCACAGAUCGGUAAAAGGGCAAAAAAUAAUCAGCCAACUGUUGAUAUGCAUGUGACUUCGUACGAUGACCCUGGAGUGACUGGUCCAUUCGAGAACAGAAUUUCACAGCAAGCUGCACGCAAGUACGAGGACAGAAUUUUGACACACGUGGAACAAAAAUAUGAGGACCGAAUUAGCCCGCAGGUUACACGCAAAUACGAGGACAAAAUUUCACCGCAAGUCGAUGAGCUUAAGUAUAAUGACAACGUGCUACUGCGCCAGAACACACCAAGGAACUCCGAAGCCAGUUUAGUGACUUCGCAUAAAUACGAAGAGAGAAUUUUACCUCAAGCUGCACACAAGUACGAGGACAAAAUUUGUUCUCAUGUUAAUAAGCGCAAUUAUGAUGAUGACAACGCUCUACCGUACGAGGAACCACGAGUGAUCUUCAGGGAGGAGGACAAUCUACCCUCAUGGGCGGAGGGAUGGAAGAUUCCAUGGAGCGACCUCACCGUUGAUGAUCGAAUACUCGGCAGAGGAAACUUUGGUGAGGUGCGAUCAGGCGCUGUAAGAAUUGAUGGAGUGAUGAUCACGUCGGCAUUCAAGAUGCUCAAAGCUCACGCAUCAGCCAGUGAGAGGGAGGACUUUCUCGAGGAACUCCGAACAAUGACCUCUAUUGGCCACCAUCCGAAUGUCGUCUCGCUUUUGGGCGCGUGCCGGCGGCAAGAAGUUUUGUACGUUGCCUUGGAGUACCUUCCCCGUGGUGAUCUGCGCAGCUACCUAAGAACAGCCCGAUCACAGUCCGACUCUGAUGAGGAUGCCUUGUCUCCAGAACGGCUAGUCAACUUUGCUCUUAAUGUUGCCAAGGGAAUGGAACACCUGGCCAAAACAGGGGUGAUCCACCGAGAUUUGGCUGCCAGAAAUAUCCUUCUAGGCAAAGGGCUGAUUGCUAAGGUCUCUGACUUUGGACUGUCCAGAGGAGAGGAUAUCUACGUCCAAACAUCAACGAGACGAGUUCCUGUGCGUUGGUCGGCCAUCGAGUCACUCAGAUACAAGAAAUACACCAUCAAGAGUGACGUGUGGUCGUUUGGGAUUGUUCUGUGGGAAAUAGCCACACUAGGGGGAACCCCGUAUCCAAACAUUCGUAGCGAGUUGCUACCCGAGAAGCUGAAGAGGGGAUAUCGUAUGCCAAAACCGGAGAACUGUGACGAGAAAAGUUACACCCUCAUGCGCAAAUGCUGGGAGGAGGAUCCAAAAAACCGACCGACCUUCACUAACCUGGUCUCCAUCCUAAAUGAAAUGAAUGACAGCAAAAUUAAGCAUACCUAUUUGUCCUUUGACCGAUUGAAUUACGAGAACUUGAGUGUAAUCCAACCCCAGUUUGAUGACAACUGAGAGAGCAACAUCAACAAAUUCCUCAUCAAUAUCAAUCAAAUAAUAAGGAUAUUCCACAAAGGAUUAUUUAUGAUAAGCGUAAUUUCACAUUUAUUAUACUAUGCUAGGAUAGUUGAUGUGUAAUACACAGAAAAGUACAUUGCUGUAUUAUUG